AGCCUUUGGCUCAGGGCCUGGAUAAUUUUUGUCGACUUCUCGGGCGGUGCGUCGGUCGCGCCUAGCGCGGUGCGCCGGAUCUCUGCAUGACGUUGGAGUUGCCGAUCAACCGCAGGGGCCUGCCUAAGCCCUUGGAUCCUCCGGGAUGUAUGUCCCCCAGUGCCGACAGCGGGAUGUCCCCGCGCAGUUCCGCAGGCAGUGAGAAGACGACGCACACAGCCUACAGCAAUGAUGUCUCCUCGUCCUCUGCAGACUCAGGCUGGGAGCUCUUCACCCUGGAGGAGUUCACUAAGACGGAGGCCCUGGCGCUGCAGCGCGCGCUGUUGGAGCGCUUCGAGGCCCCGACCUUUCAGCGGGAUCUGCGGGAGCUGGCGGACGCGCACCGCCUGGAGAGCGGCAAGAGCAAGGGCUACCGGGUGGGUUUCAUGCGUUUGGUGCGGCGCGAGCAGAUGAAGGUCCUGCCACACUUCGGCUUCGAAGCCUCGGAGCUCGGCGUGGAGGCCAUGCUGAGGGCCUUCGCGGAGUGGAAGAACGACAGCGACAUCCAGGUCCAGGAGAAGAUCAUUCAGGACACGCUGCGAAGUGCAGAGCCCGUGGUCGCGCCAGCUGAACCGCAAAAAAACCGACUCCGAAUGAAGCCAUCCAACAAGUUCGGGAUCGAGUGCUUUCUUCAGGCGCUGCUGAAAGCGUUCACUGAGCCGUGGUUCCAGGAGAAGAUCUAUGAGCUGCGAAGGUCGGCGGACUAUGGCUCGGGCCGGGCUGUGCGCAAACCGGACGGCAGCCAGACAAGCGGCCCCCACUCAGUGGACCCAGAGGGCUACUACAACUUGUCCGGCCGCGCUGCUUUGGCCCUUCAGGUGCAUGAGCAGGUGCUACCUCGCUACUGGUUCGAGGGUACUCCGGAGGGUGUGCAGGAGAUGCUGCUUCAUGUGUCUCCCUACCUUGGGGACAAAGACGUGGCCAGGGUCUUCGACGCCAUCAAUAGCAAGCUGGGCAUGGAACCCAACGCGCAGCAGAGGUUCCGACGUCUCGUGGCUUUGGCCGAAGACGUGGACGUGCAGGUCUUGUGGAGCUGUUCGCCCCGACGCAGGGCCGCCUCCAACUCGCCCUCGCCGCGGCGAGAGAGGCGGCCAUGAGGCAGAUCCCGGCUAGUCUUCGGCCUGGCCAUGUGUCCGUGUCAAAGCGACUGCACCGCUUCCCCUCCCGCAGCGUGAGAUGGCAGCUGGACGAAUUUUUUGGUUCGAUGCACCGGGGGGCUGACUUCAAUCAGGUAUCCCCUAGGGUGGUUUGGAUUGGUGGGAACUGGAUUUACAUUGCGGUGUUUCCUUGCUGGUUUCCCCUGUUGGUAGGGGUACCAACUCCAGCAAGACGAGCCACCUGGUUAUCCACCCAAUGGGUGGAGGCGGAUGCCCAAGGGGCACCAUUUUCGGUGUGUCAUAGGUCUGGCAUGGUCGACCAUGCUCUGACCAUGCUGUCUACGGCCUGUAUAUGAGAUUUUCCAUCGUGGCAUCGACACCUGGGUGUUCAAACAUAGUAAGUUGCA